UCAAUACUGGUGGGGGAUUUACCCUAGCACAUAUUUUCAUGAUUUAUGGGGUGAAGUUCUUUCUUUUUUUUUCUUCAUUGAGUUGUGAAGAGUGACUUCUAAAUAUCUAUGAGAGCGACCAUAUGCACAAACAAACACGACCAUGUCCUCCACGGCAAGCAAAGGAAGGAUGUUCCAAUUCUAUGUUCUCUGGUAGUAGAUGUCAACUACGAAGUACGAUAUCUAUCUAGAUCUCUAUCCAUUUUAUGUCUUUUUAUAAUUUGCUUCGACUAUCUGUUUUCUCUUCUUUUCCUGGUUUGAUUUGGUAUCAUAUACCCUCUUUUUUCUUUUUUCUAUC